AUGGCCAUGCAAAGUGGCAAGUACAUUGAGGGCGACUUUCGCCGGAAACGCUGGGCAGAUAUCGACACAGAUGAUGAGGAUGGCAUCUCGCACUGGAUGCCAGCGCAUCAAGUCGAUGGCGUUUGUGAGACAGAAGGAACACCAGGAACACCAGUCCAUGAUGCGCCGCUUGACUGGGAGAAGCCGCUUGCCUGGGAUCCCGUGGGCCUUUCAAGUGGCAUCUCACAGCCUCCGCCGACCCUGGACGAGGUCCUUCUGCAGAGGAAAGAUUUUCUCCGCGAGGUGACCCCAGGGUCUGCGGAUUCCUAUGGCAAGUGGUCUUGGAGCACCGGUGCAGCAUCAUCGGAGACUGCAUCAGAGGUGGACGGGGUGGACGACACGUCGCCCAUAUUCUCGCAGUCGGGGUUGAGCCCUCGCGUGCUCCUCUCGACGUCACCUGCCGGGGCCGUGCAGCGCAAGGCACGCCCGAGCUUGAUGGCGACUCCAGUGUUUGUGGCAGUGGCAUCGCCCAGUUUGCCGCCGACUGUUUUUCCGAUUCCAUGCUCUCCUGGUUACCCCGCGUUGUUGCAGGGUUCAGCCACGCACAUGUGGGGUGGCCAGGAGAAGCAGAACAAGGAUCUUUCGUCCUCUGCGUUGUGCCGCCCUCCUUUCGGCCGGGAGCAUCGGUUCCAUCGGUUGAACAACACCAUGGGUGAGCUGGAUGCUGGCGGUCGCACCUUCACUGUGGGACAGAACAAGGGACGUCUGAGCAUCGUCUGCACGAACCGGGUGCACUUCCAGGGCAUCCGGCGCUACGCAGUGCAGCACGCCUUGGCUGCACGGGUUUAG